GCCAAGUGCGUUCAACAUAAACAGAACAGCGGCUUCUUCUAGUAAUUGUAAAUCGUGUGCAUGUAAAUCGACGAAAUCUGCGUUCUGGAUACCAAUUUAAUUUCCUUUCGUACCCCGAAAUGAACGAAGAUGAGAUAGAACUGCUUCCCGGAGAGGAAGUUCUGCUUGUACCGCAAGAGCAACGAGUUGAAUCAGUAGAAGAUGUUCAAUUUGAAUUAGCAGACGAGGUGGGAAUUGUUGAAUUCGAAUACAGAGUACCUCGUCGAUCGCCACGAAUUCAGAGACCUGCAGCUAAUAACGCACAAGGACAGCCAGGCCGUCGCAGAUCCGGCCAGGCAAGAACCACUGCAGCACAACGAGUAACAGCGAUACAAAACGCAAUUCGACGUUCCAAUGGACAGGAUCUAGAAUACAAACAAAAGAUUUUACGAGCUCUCACGCAAAUCACACGUUCGUUUGAGAUGGUAGUUGAACAGCAAGCCGAUAGCAACCUGAUGUUUUGGCAAGCAAUCGCUUCGGAAAGCCGUUAUUUACAACCCGCUCUGUAUACCCAGUUCAAAACGGAGGUUAUCGAUAAGUUAGCUGAGUACAUACGGGUUAAUCAACACACCUUUGAAAGCGAAAUGUAGGGCGCUCAUUUGGUUCAUUACAAUUUACAUACAAUUCAAAUUGUUUUUCGCGCUUUGCAACUAUUUGUCUCGGUACACCACGAGCAAAGCUUACAUCCGAACACCUGUAA